GCUAUGAACUGGGUCUUGGGUGUUAGAAAAUGUCUCUCCAAAAUUCAGGACUUUCUGAAAGAUGGCUGCUCUGAGAAAGUAAAUUAUGUGGAAAUAGAAGAACUAGUUGCUACGAAAUGUGCCCCGUGCUGUGAGCCUAGUCUUACAAAAUUGCAGGCGUAUGCAGAGGAAGCGAAAAUGCUGAUUAAUGAAGUAAACAAUGCACUAUCAUCUUUCUUAACAGUAGACAAAUUGGAAACAUUAUACUCAAGGGUUUCAGAAUUCCCAGUUAAGCUAACAGAAUCAUCGACUUUGUUUUGGGAGUUAUCUUCUGCAAAGUCCUGGUUGAAGAAAGCAAGUGAUUGCCUUGAAUAGAAUAAAUUGGGCAUUAUCGACAUAGAUG